GUGAAAAACUUAGUGGAAAGUGGAAAGAGUAUUGAAAAGAGGGGAAAAAAAAACAAGAGUGAAAAAUGCAGUCGGGAAGGAAUGCAAUGGAGUCUGUGAAGGAAGGUGCGGCCAACGUGGCAGCCUCGGCCAAAUCGGGCAUGGAAAAGACCAAAGCCGCCCUGCAAGAGAAGAAGGAGAGAAUGACGGCCCAUGACCCAGUGGAAAAGGAAAUGGCAACCGAGAAGAAGAAUGAGAAGAUAACAGAGGCCGAGCUCAAUAAACAGGAGGCUCGCAGGCAAAACGCCGCAGCCAGACAGGCAGCCUCCGCCGGCGGUCACACCGGCUCCACUGGUUACACUGCCACCGGCACUACCGGAUACACCAACUCCAGCACCGGCACCGGCAAUACUGGCAACAACACCAUCACCACCAGGACGGCAACCUACUCCACUACCGGAGCCACCGGCCACCCAACUGGGACCCACCAGAUGUCAGCAUUGCCUGGACACGGCACUGGCCAGCCGGCGGGUCAAGUGACGGACGGUGUGAUGGGGGCCCACCCUGUUGGGACCAAUACAGGGACCGGUAGGACAACGGCCCAUAAUCCAUAUACUGGGGGGACUAAUACUGAAUAUGGUUAUGGGUCUGGUGGGUCCUAUAGUUGAAAUGGGCUUUAAGUUUCUGUGUAGUUCAUUUCGCUUUGAUGGUUUUCGUUUUGUACUUGUUAGGUUUCGUCGUUUUUCAUUUUUUCAGUCUUUAAAAAAGUGUUCUAGUGAUGGGGUAUGGUUGUUUGGUUCUGUGGUCGAACUAGUUUGUCUUUUCUUGUAAUGUCUAUUGAAAAAAGUAUUUUGAUUGAAUAAAGAGAGUAAAUUAUGUAGAA